CUUUGACUACGUUUAAGAACAUCGCCGGAUGUUUACAUAUAAAUCCAAAAUGGCAGGUGUUGAAGGACAAUAUGAACCAAUAGAUAUUUCUACACAUACUUUUAUACCACCACAGAAAGAAGUCAGUUUACCAGAACACAUACCAAAAUGGGAAAAAUCAAAAGCAUAUGCUGAUUUAAUGGGCUUAUUGAUGACAUUAAACAAAGCAAUACAGGGUAAAAAAAUAAGUGACACAUAUCCAGUAUCAGAGAAUAUAAUUAAAUUAUUAGAGUUAUUAGAACAAUUAGAUAAAUGGUUAGAUGAAAUACCUCCAAUAGAUCAACCUCAGCGAUUUGGUAAUAAAGCUUUUAGAGACUGGUUUUUUAAACUACAAGAGAAUGUAGACGAUUUAUUAAAGAAAGCCUUAGAAGAGAAAUAUCAUCCAGCUAUCGUAGAAUUAUCUGUUUAUUUAGUAGAAAGUGUUGGUAAUUCUACUAGAAUAGAUUAUGGUUCAGGACAUGAAAUGGCGUUUGCUGCAUUUUUAUGUUGUCUGUUUAAAGUUGGUGUUUUAAAACCUGAUGAUUUUAUAGCAGCUGUACUUAAAAUAUUUGAAAGAUAUCUUCAAUUAAUGCGAAAAUGCCAGACAUUGUAUAGAAUGGAACCGGCUGGUAGUCAUGGAGUCUGGAGUUUAGAUGAUUUUCAAUUUAUACCUUUUAUAUGGGGUAGUUCACAACUUAUAGACCAUCCAAGAAUUAAACCGAAAUCUUUUGUGAAUCCAGAAAUUUACGAACAUUUUUGUAAAGAUUAUAUGUUUUUAGGUUGUAUAAAAUAUAUUAAUCAGGUGAAAACUGGACCUUUUGCUGAACAUUCUAAUCAACUGUGGAAUGUUAGUGGAGUGCCCAACUGGUCAAAAGUCAACUCUGGCUUAAUUAAAAUGUAUAAAGCAGAGGUUUUAUGUAAGCAUCCAGUUAUUCAACAUUUUUUAUUUGGUAGUUUAUUGUCUAUAGAACCAGUUGCUAUGACCACGUGAUUAAAUAUUAUACUAAAUACAGAUUACUAGAAAACGAAAUUUGUUUACAAUUAACUUGUUAAACUUUGCAAAAAUAUGGAUGCACAUGUAUGUUAAAUACAAUAGUGGUGUUAUCUGAUAUUUUGAUUACUAUUGUAAUGAAAAUUAAUGGGAAGAAUCCAUGUUUCUCUUAAAAUAGAUAUAUCCAUAAAACUAUUGAUAAGCACCUAAUUAGUUAUCAAAGGAAUAUAUUUAUAAUAAAGUUAUUAUUUGUUCAUUGUCUUUAGGAGUUUAAACAUUAGCCACACAUUGUUUAUUUAGUAUAUAAAAUUUUCUAUUACUGGCUUGUUAACAAAUCACUUGGGGAGGCUAUCUUUUAAGAAUGUUCAAGAUACCCAGUACAUGAGUGACAUUUUAUGGAUAUAUUUAUAAGCUUAAGAAACCAGUAAAUGUAUAUGUAUCAGUCCUCAUUUCAAUCUGCCAGGAUAAAAUUCUUGCCGGUGAGAAUAUAUUUAUAAAGAAAGUGCUAUUAAAAUAUUUCUAUA